CUAUAUUAGCAACGCAGAUGCAAACUCUGGAGUCGAAAAUAGGGACGUUGAAUGAUGGCACAGAAGGUUUGUAUGAUAUCCUUCAUAUAAGCAAUCUUGUCUCUGGAUGACGGUCCGGCUAAUAUAAUAUCUUACUUGCUUGGCAUCAGCGGUUGCGUGCGUUCUUGCGAAUUGGGACAAUGUCUUACGAGCCAUUAGUAUGGCGUCGUGUAAGUUUUGCUUCAUAUUCUUUCGCUAUACAAUUGUAUCAAAAACGAAACUUCUGGGGCAUUAUUCCUAACUAUCUCUUUCUGAAUACUUAGCAAAAGCCGUUGAUCUUAAAGAUUCAGCCGUUUCUUCUGAAGAUGUCGGUGACAAUCAAGCUGAGACUCCGCUACCGGCGACCCUUGUCCGAAUACCUGCGGAAUCACAAGAAAAGACAAGCGAAUGAAGCAAAAUAUGAGUCCCAAAGUCUGCAAGGCCUUCCCUUGGCCCUCCUUCCUUCUUUCUUCUUUUAGUGGUCUCUUGAGUGACUCAAUUACCUUUUCUCCUAUCCUAUACUACGCGUUGUCCGCGCUUCUUAUAGGUAGGCUUACUAGUGACUCGGGGCUAACGAGGGUGAUCCGUAACUCCAUGAAUGCCGUCUCGAGGGAUAUCUCAGAGAGGCUACGGACGACCUGAGUUCUGUAAGGCACUCUAAAAAAGGUUGCUUUCUGUCGAUAGCUCUCGCGUUUGCAAUCAAUAUAUGAUGUUCUUUGACGGACAAAAGAGGAAUGGAGGAACUGCAUUUGUCAGAUUGAGUUGCGUAUCCCUACGGGUAUUCGGUUAUUAUGUCGGGAGGGGGUGGAAUAACUAGCGACAGCUGCUUUAGUAAACGUCCUAUGGUUAGAGGGCGAUAUGCGAUUCAGUCUGAGCCCGGAUUGUACUCUGUACAAAUUACCCGGGUAUUGAUAGGAAGGAUCGGAUAUACGUACAAACAUGAAAUAUUAGCCAGUAAUCAUCUGAAAACAGUGAAUGAAGCUGAUGAUGUUAUCUUUUGCCAUCUCCACCAGCGUCAAGGUGGUUACCAUACUCAG